UCUUCUGACCCUGAAAAGAAUCUCCUACAAUAAGCAAGUUCGAUUCCAAGUCGCUGUACGAGGCAUUUAAUAGAGAGCAACUAUGGUGUUCCCUGAUGAGGCUUCUCAAAGGCUUGAGGGGAAGAACAUGGCGAUAGUUGUGUGUUGGCUGCUUGGGAAUGGCUGCCUCUUUUCCUGGAAUAGUAUGCUGACAAUACAAGAUUACUAUUCUUAUUUGUUUCCGCAUUACCACCCAUCUAGGGUCCUUACUCUUGUUUAUCAGCCAUUUGCACUCGGAACACUUGCAAUACUGGCUUACUUCGAGGCGAAAAUCAACACUAGAAGAAGGAAUUUGUUUGGAUAUAUAUUGUUUUUCUUAAGUUCUCUUGCGGUUUUAGUUUUGGAUUUAGCUACCUCUGGUAGAGGAGGACUCGGAACUUUCAUAGGAAUUUGUGUGAUCAGUGGAGCUUUUGGGGUUGCAGAUGCUCAUGUGCAAGGUGGAAUGGUUGGAGAUCUGUCCUAUAUGAAACCUGAAUUUCUUCAAUCAUACGUUGCUGGUUUGGCCGCGUCAGGAGCUCUAACCUCUGCUUUGAGGUUAAUAACAAAAGCAGCAUUCGAGAAUUCGCAGGGUGGUUUUCGCAAGGGAGCCAUACUAUUCUUUGCCAUCUCUGCGUUUUUUGAGCUUGUAUGUGUUCUUCUCUACGCGUAUGUAUUUCCAAAACUACCCAUUGUGAAGUACUAUCGCUCGAAGGCAGCCUCUGAAGGAUCUAAAACUGUUACAGCCGACCUGGCUGCUGGUGGCAUCCAAGCAUUGCCUGAAGAUGAUGAGACAGACACCAAGAAGCUGGAAAGGUUGAGCACUAAGGAGUUACUAAUUCAGAAUAUCGAUUAUGCACUCGACAUGUUCCUGAUAUAUGCGCUGACACUAUCCAUUUUUCCUGGAUUCUUGUCCGAAGAUACCGGAAAACACAGUUUAGGCGCCUGGUAUGCGCUUGCUCUGAUAGCAAUGUACAAUGUAUGGGAUCUUAUUGGGAGAUACAUUCCUCUCAUAAAACCGUUGAAGCUCCAAUCGAGGAAAGCUCUCACGACCGUGAUACUUUCUCGUGUAUUACUCGUCCCGGCAUUUUAUUUCACGGCUAAAUACGGGGACCAAGGCUGGAUGAUCAUGCUAACGAGCUUCUUAGACUUAUCUAAUGGUUACCUCACUGUCUGUGUCCUUACCUCUGCACCCAAGGGCUACAAGGGACCUGAGCAGAAUGCAUUGGGGAAUUUGCUUGUUCUGUUUCUGGUGGGAGGCAUCUUCGCAGGGGUUACUCUGGACUGGUUGUGGCUCAUAGGCAAGGGAUGGUGAAACUUGCUUCUAAGCUGGUUUUAGGGAUUAA